ACAUCUGAGCUUUGGUUAUGUACUGUCAGCCUGAGAGACAGACACAGGGAGAAAAUACAGGCUGCUUCUAUAACAUCUACUGAACUAGAUAUUUUUUGAAAAAAACUUUUUGUUUUUGUUUUUGUUUAAAGGACAAAACACAAAUAAGGAUUGCAAAACGAUGCUUCCUUUCUGCCUCCUGAGUUUGAUUGCGACAGUUAAAGCAGAGCUUCUACAAGGUUCCUGCAGCUUUGAUGAGAGCACCUGUGGCUACACGUCUGACCCGGAUUUCCUCAGCUGGACCCUUGACCCUACAGGACACUUUAUCACGGUUGAUGUGCAAGUCCAGGAAGAGCAGGGGAAGGCAGUUCUAUUGGGUCCAGAUGUGGAGGCGCAGGACUGGAGUUGUUUCAGAAUGGUGUAUCAGGUCAUAGGCAGCACCUCCCUACAGGUGAGGAAACGAACAGAUGGAGAGAGUUUUGAUCAUGUUCUCUGGACAACCCAAAGUCCUUCUGAUAGCUGGCUUAUAGCCAGCAUUGACCUUCAGAACUCUACAAAACCAUUUCAGAUUGUCAUUGAAGGCAAACUAGGAGAUGAAGAAGGCAGCAGUGUGUCCAUCUUUGAGAUAAAUAUCUCUGACAAAUACUGUAUAGAGUGUGACUUUGAAGAGCCUCAUCUGUGUGGAUACACAAACCAGUGGAACAAAUACAUGAACUGGCGAGUGGGAAGAACAGAAGAUACUACACAGAGAGACGGGACAGGUCAGUACAUGUAUGUGGACUCUACCGAGAACAAAAGCUUCCAGGAGGUGGCCAAACUGGUGUCUCCAAUGACCACAGUGCCCAUGUCAGGCUGCUUGAGUUUCCAGUACCAGCAGUAUCAUGCCAGGGACCGUCUGUUCACUGUCUUUAGCAGGGAUCAAGCUGGACAAUAUCAGGAACUCUGGAGAGCUGACUUACCUGAGAACAACCAUGUGGACUGGAGUCCAGAGGUCAGAGUCUGGACACCUGCACAGGUGGACCUGAAAGCUCCAUAUCCCAUCGAGCUGGUGUUUGAGGUGGCAUUCAACAGUCCAAAUGGAGGUUACAUGGUUCUUGAUAACAUCUCCUUUUCUCCAGAGUUCUGUAAUGCAGAAACAGAGCCAACCUUUAAUCCAUCAGUGGCAAACUGUGACUUCGAGUGGGGAUAUUGUCAGUACACUCAGACACGGUCAGAUGGUUCACAGUGGAGGAGAGUCUCCAUCAGGCCCAACAUCUACAGCGCUGGAGACCAUACCACAGGAGCAGGUUCUUUCCUGUUGGCAAACUCUCGCUUCAUCUUACAGUCUGGAUAUAUCAGCCGUUUGUUUGGUCCGCCAAUGGCCAAGAAUCAGAAAUAUUGUCUGAAGUUCUACUACUCCCUACGAAGUCUUAGCGGAAGAGACCAGGUCUUGGCAGUGUAUCUGUAUAACACAGAUAAUACUAAUCAAGAAAAAAUCUGGACCCAGAACGAGAAUAUAAGAAAUGUCUGGAUUGCAAUUGAACUGACCAUACAAACCCAGAAAAAUGCUCAGGUGGUUUUCAUCAGUACAUGCAAAAACAUUUGGAGUUGUGGCUCUGUUGGUCUCGAUGACAUUAAAGUCAGCCUUGGAGACUGUAAUCUACCGUUAGCAUCUUCUCUGUCAGGCCCAUCUCACUGUGAUUUUGAGACUGGUUUUUGUGGAUACACUCAAGAUAAGGAAGGGGACUCAGGCGACUGGAUGCUGGCCAAAGGACCCACACCAACCUCCUACACGGGGCCAAGAGGAGACCACACCACUGGAUUGGGUCAUUAUUUGCAUAUUGAGGCAUCACUGAUGCUGCCUGGUCACAAAGCUAGCCUCCUCUCCAGCUCUCUGCGGGGUUCUAAAGAGCCACACUGCUUGCAAUUUUACUACCAUAUGUAUGGCUCUGGGACAGGCCAGUUGAGUGUUUACCUCCAGACUGGACAAGAGAAUGAGGACAAACGGUUAUGGACGUGCCAUGGAGAGCAGGGCAUCUCCUGGCUCAGAGCAUCAGUAACGUACCAGUAUGACCAACAACACCAGAUUGUGUUUGAAGCCACCAGAGGAACAUCCAUAAGAAGUGAUAUUGCAAUUGAUGAUGUUGUUUUUAAAAGGGGACCAUGCAGAGAGUCUGCUGAUGACUGUUUCCCUCUUCUAAGCUUCUCUGGAAUUAGUAAUGACAUUCAGUGAAUGAAGAAAAGAAGAAGACAAAAUGUUGGACAGAGAAAACUUAAAGGGAUAGUUCACCCAAAAAUGAAAAUUCUCUCAUCGUUUACUCACCCUCAUGCCAUCCCAGAUGUGUAUGAAUUUCUUUCUUAUGCAGAACACAAACAAAUAUUUUUAGAAGAACGUGUCAGCUCUGUAGAUCCAUACAAUGCAAGUGAAUGGUGACCAAACUUUUUAAGCUCCAAAAAGCACAUAAAGGCAGCAUCUUCUGAAGCAAUCCAAUUGUUUUUGGGUAAGAACAGACAAAAAUAUAACUCCUUUUUCACUAUAAAUCUUGACAUCUGCAGUCUCCUUGGCAAUCAUGAUUUCAAGCUCAAUUGCACUUCCUAGCACUCUGCGCAUGCAUCAAGCACUUGGAAGAGUAAUCGAGCUUGCAAUCUUGAUCGUGCCUAGACACUGGAAUGGCAGGAUGUACAGUGAAUAUAGCCUAACAGUUUUUGUCUGUUCUCAUCCAAAACUGCUUAAAUCACUUCAGAGGACAUGGAUUAAAUCACUGGUGUUUUAUGGAUUACCUUUAUGCUGCAUUUAAUUCUUUUUUGGAGCUUGAAAAUGUGGUCACCAUUCAAUUACCUACAGAGCUGAAAUAUUAUUUUAAAAAUCUUCUUUUGUGUUUAGCAGAAAAAAAGAAAGUAAUUCACAUCUGGAAUGGCAUGAGGGUGGGUAAAUGAACUAUCCCUUUAAAAUGUGAAAAUACAGAUGGAAUGGAUGUUUCUAAGGAUAAAUGAUUCAUGAUUGCAUGACUGAAUUAUGCUUGUUUUCUAAUAUACCUGUUCACCUAAAAACUUAAUUUGCCUUUUGUCUAUUUGUCGUGUUUAUUUAACUUUGUCUACUUUCAUACAAAACUGGCUCAUAGCAAAUGUGACCGUAAAAUACCAAACCACAAUAUACUGAAAUUCACAGCACAUGGAACAGUGCAGAUGUGCACUCAGUUGCCUUGACACCUAGUGGCGAAGAUGCAGCACAGUGAAAAAACAGUUAUUCAUACCAUCAUAAUUUUAUUUUUAUUUUUUGCAGUAUGCCAUGUUUAAUUCGCAAAUGAACUUAUCCAGCAAGGGAUUAUUGUUAUUGAUUAUAAGUUAUAUUCGACUGGUCACAUGAUCUCAACAUGGCAGCGCUCAUGAUUGUGUGUCCCACAAUAUGUAGAAUAAAGCAUCUUUUUCUCUUAA